GACCCCCCCUCCAGGCCCCCACCCCGUCCCUCCAUCCUGCUGCCCUCUCUGGGGCCGGCCUCGAUGGGCUGGCCCUGAUCCGGGAAGGGGAGGGACGCCGGAGGAGGGCAGCGCUUUGGCCGCGCCGUUCAAAGCCAGCCAGGCGCCUCGGCUGCCCUUUGUCCCAGCAGCGCCGCCCCUUCUUCGGGCCCCCCUCGAUCGGCCGCCCCCCUCUGCCCCCCGGGAAGCAGCGAUGGAGCGGCGGACGCGCCUCCCAAGCCCCCGUGCCCUCCUGCUGCUCUUGCUCUGGGGCGCAGCGGGCGCAGUCAGGCAGGAAUUGCCAGUGGUUGACCUCCUGACAGUGACGGAGCCCCGGCACAUGGCCAGCGUGGCCAGCAAGAUCCGGACAGAGCUGCUCUCGGUCAACGACAUCUACUUGCUCUCCACCUUCCGCCUGCCCCCCAAGCAAGGCGGGGUGUUGUUUGGACUCUACUUCAAGAGGGACAACAGCCGCUGGCUCGAGGCCUCUGUCGUCGGCAAGACCAACAAAGUCCUCAUCCGAUACCUGCGUGCCGACGGCAAGAUCCAUUCGGUCAACCUGCAGAAUGCCAACCUGGUCGACGGGCGCAGCCACACCACCCUCCUGCGGGUGAGCGGCCUGAAAAGCAGCAGCCUGGCUGUAGAGCUGUACGUGGACUGCAAGCAAGUGGACUCCAAUGCAGGGCUGCCCGCGAUGAAACCCGUCGAACUGGAACAGGUAGAAGCCGUGGAGGUGCGGACCGGGCAGAAAGCCUACCUCCGCAUGCAGGGCUUCGUGGAGUCGCUGAAGCUGAUCCUAGGAGGCUCUAUGAGUCGCGUGGGGGCCUUAAGCGAGUGCCCCUUCCAGGGCGACGAGUCCAUGCAUAACACAGUAUCCAACGUGAUCAAUUCCCUCUUCGGCGAGCAGACCCGGGCCCUCGUGAAGCAGCUCACCCUCUUCAACCAGAUCCUGAUGGAACUUCAAGAGGACAUGAGGGACCAGGUGAAGGAGAUGUCGUUGAUCCGGAACACCAUUAUGGAAUGCCAGGUGUGCGGUUUUCACGAACACCGCUCCCGUUGCAACCCGAACCCUUGUUUUAGUGGUGUUGACUGCAUGGAGACGUAUGAAUACCCAGGCUACCGUUGCGGGCCUUGUCCGCCUGGCUUCGAAGGCAACGGCACCCACUGCGCUGACAUCAAUGAGUGUGCCCACGCCAACCCUUGCUUUCCUGGAUCCAAGUGCCUCAACACCGCGCCUGGCUUCCGCUGCGAACCUUGCCCGCCUGGCUACAAGGGCAACCUCAUCUCCGGCGUGGGAGCAGAUUACGCGAAGGCCAGCAAGCAGGUUUGCACAGACAUUGACGAAUGCAACGACGGGAACAACGGCGGGUGUGACCCCAACGCCAUUUGCACCAACACCAUGGGAUCCUUCAAAUGCGGUCCUUGCAAGUCGGGUUUUGUCGGGAACCAGUCGGGUAACUGCGCCCCCCAGAAGGCCUGCCAGAGCCCCAGCAACAACCCCUGCGACAUCAACGGCUAUUGCCUCUUCGAACGCAACGGAGACGUUUCCUGCGCGUGCAACGUGGGUUGGGCCGGAAACGGCAACGUAUGUGGACGAGACACGGACAUUGACGGCUACCCGGACGAGCCGCUGCCCUGCAUCGACAACAACAAACAUUGUUCCCAGGACAACUGCCGGUUGACACCUAACUCGGGGCAAGAAGACGCCGACAACGAUGGCAUAGGGGACCAGUGCGAUGAUGACGCGGACGGCGAUGGGAUCAAGAACGUGGAGGACAAUUGCCGCCUCUUCCCCAACAAAGACCAGCAGAAUUCAGACACCGAUUCUUUUGGAGACGCUUGCGACAACUGCCCCAACGUCCCCAACAACGACCAGAAGGACACGGACGGCAACGGCGAGGGCGACGCCUGUGACAACGACAUUGACGGGGAUGGAAUCCCCAACGGGCUGGACAAUUGCCCCAAAGUGCCCAACCCCCUGCAGACGGACCGCGAUGAAGACGGGGUGGGAGAUGCCUGUGACAGCUGCCCAGAGAUGAGCAACCCCACUCAGACAGAUGCAGACAGCGACCUGGUGGGGGACGUUUGUGACACCAACGAGGACAGUGAUGGUGACGGUCACCAGGACUCGAAAGACAACUGCGCGGAGAUCCCCAACAGCUCUCAGCUGGAUUCGGACAAUGACGGCCUCGGAGAUGAAUGCGACAACGACGACGACAACGACGGGAUUCCCGAUUACGUGCCCCCGGGCCCAGACAACUGCCGCCUCAUUGCCAACCCCAACCAGAAGGAUUCGGAUGGCAAUGGCGUGGGCGACGCAUGCGAGGAGGACUUUGACAACGACACCGUGGCUGACCCGUUCGACGUGUGCCCAGAGAGCUCCGAGGUGACCUUGACCGACUUCCGAGCGUACCAGACGGUCAUCCUGGAUCCUGAGGGCGAUGCCCAGAUUGACCCCAACUGGGUGGUUCUCAAUCAGGGCAUGGAAAUUGUCCAGACAAUGAACAGUGACCCAGGCUUGGCUGUAGGGUACACGGCGUUCAAUGGGGUGGACUUUGAGGGCACCUUCCACGUCAACACCAUCACUGAUGACGACUAUGCCGGGUUCAUCUUCGCCUACCAGGACAGUGCCAGCUUCUACGUGGUCAUGUGGAAGCAAACGGAGCAGUCGUACUGGCAGGCCACGCCGUUCCGAGCCGUGGCAGAGUCUAGCUUGCAGCUCAAGGCGGUGAAAUCCAGCACGGGCCCCGGCGAGUACCUGCGCAACGCCCUGUGGCAUACGGGCCACACCCCCGGCCACGUGCGGCUGCUCUGGAAGGACCCGCGCAACGUGGGCUGGAGUGACAAGACCUCUUACCGCUGGCGGCUCCUACACCGGCCCCAGGUGGGCUACAUCCGGGUGCUGCUUUACGAAGGAACCCAGCUGGUAGCCGACUCGGGCGUCAUCAUUGACACGACGAUGCGAGGCGGCCGCUUGGGCGUUUUCUGCUUCUCCCAGGAAAACAUCAUCUGGUCCAACCUACAGUAUCGUUGCAACGAUACCGUCCCUGCGGAUUUCGAGCCGUUCCGCCGGAUUUUACUGGAAGGGCCUUGAAUGAGGGUCAUUGCAGGGGCCUGCCCCCAUGCUAAACCAGGGCCUCCCUUCUUAAAGACUCCUGGCAUCCCACCCCAAGAAAGUGGGCAUCAUUUCGGUGCCCCCGCCCUCAUACACAAACACACGCAUCACGAACUGGAAAACCUCACCCUGCAGCUUUUGGAAACACAAAAGCUGCUAACCAGGUCCGGUAG